UGAGAGUCGCCCUGAACUAGCAUAUGUGAAAAUUCCCAGAUCUUUUAAUGAUCUGGAUAUAUUUUGGUUAGUUGUUUGUAAAUCAAAAUGAUUUGAAGAUCGAAUAAUCUGCUCAGCGCCCUGUUUUUGUCCUCUCGUCAACCAGCACUGUUUUGUAAAUGUUUACUUCUUUCGUGCUUCGGCGUGUCCUCUUGUGCGCUUGUGUAGCGGACUGAUGUAGUGUCUAAUGUUAGCUAAAUUAUUUUACACAAACAAUACAUAGGUUGGCUAGCUUUAUUCAUACGAUUUAUUCACACGAAGCAUGUCCAUCGUGCACAAUCGAUGUAAAUAAUCGAUGUGAAUACUCCCAGGUAGUUACAGUUAUAGUCGAGAACGAAGUGCGAGCAAGAUCCUCGUUCAUGAUGGCGAUGUUUCGCAGUUUUGUGUCGGCUACUCAUCAGCUCAGGCAGCACCAACAAAACGGGGCAGCUGCGGCUGCCACUGGCGAGAGCCUCGAGAGCCAGUUCUCCUGCCCAAUUUGCCUGGAGGUGUAUCAUAAACCUGUCACCAUUGGAAGCUGUACCCACACGUUCUGUGGGGAGUGUCUGCAGCCCUGUCUCCAGGUCACCUCUCCCCUCUGCCCUCUGUGCCGUAUGCCUUUUGACCCAAAGAAGGUGGACAAGUCCUCCAGUGUGGAGAAACAGCUGUCCAACUACAAGGCCCCCUGUCGGGGCUGCAGUAAGAAGGUGUCUCUGGUCAAAAUGAGGUCACACAUCUCCUCUUGCGUGAAGGUCCAGGAGCAGAUGGCCAACUGCCCAAAGUUUGUGCCUGUGGUCCCCACUUCACAGCCCAUUCCCAGCAAUAUUCCAAACCGCUCCACCUUUUCAUGCCCGUUCUGUGGAGCCCGUAAUCUGGAUCAACAGGAGCUGGUCAAACACUGUAUGGAGAACCACCGCAAUGAUCCCAACAAAGUGGUGUGUCCUGUAUGUUCAGCCAUGCCUUGGGGGGACCCCAGCUACAAGAGCUCCAACUUCCUCCAGCACCUGCUCCACCGGCACAAGUUCUCCUACGACACGUUUGUGGACUACAGCAUUGACGAGGAGUCAUCACUGCAGGCAGCCAUGGCCCUGUCCUGUCAAAUCAAAUGUUAAAGUGAGUGACCGUCUGACUCUGUCUUUGCAGGACUACAGUAUCGAUGAAGAGGCGGCACUACAGGCAGCCCUGGCUCUCUCCAUGGCAGAGAACUGAGAGUCAUCUGAGUCCCCCAUUCUGCUGUCUGGGGACGCACUUUCUUCCUGACACCCCACUAGCUUUCUUUCUUUCUCUGGAUCCACCCCAUAUCCAGCCCCCUCCACUGUCUCCUCACAGGGAGAGUUUGGAAGGACUUGGCCUCGACUCCCACUCUGGAAGAGCUACAGAGGGCUUAUCUCCUAACCCUGUCCCUCUAUCUGGCCCUCCACUCUGCUCGCCUGCUUAACCCGUCAAUGCCCAUGACCAUUACAUCAUAUCCUCUCAGCCAGCAGCAGCCUCCUCACUUCCUGUAUACUGGGGAGGAAGGAAGCUUGGCCUCCCAAUAAAUGUUGCAAUUCAAAACCACUGCAAUGCAAAGCAAUGAGUGCAGCAUGGACAUUGUUGUUAUUCUGCAGAAAGUAUGAAGGUUCCCAAAAGUAAUGAUUUAAGGUAUUUUCUUUUACUCUUUAUUUUUCACUGUUCAAAUUAAAUGUUUUCAAACUCCAGGAAAAAGCCAUCAUGACACAUGUUCUGGUCAAAGUAUCACAGAUUAGUUCUGUUGAAGUUUAUUCUCAAGUGCAUCAUUUGAUGGCUUUUUGAUUAAGAGGGACUACUGUUGAAUAGCUUGACCUGAUUCUCAGUGUGAUAAUCUUACCACUAGGUGACAGUCUAGACAUGACCAGUUAAACACAGAGAGUGAGGACAUUCUCAGUGUGAUAAUCUUACCACUAGGUGACAGUCUAGACAUGACCAGUUAAACACAGAGAGUGAGGACAUUCUCAGUGUGAUAAUCUUACCACUAGGUGACAGUCUAGACAUGACCAGUUAAACACAGAGAGUGAGGACAUUCUCAGUGUGAUAAUCUUACCACUAGGUGACAGUCUAGACAUGACCAGUUAAACACAGAGAGUGAGGUCAUUCUUACAUCCCCAUCACGACAACAACACACUAACAUUUGCAACGCGAACCAAAACAAUCUAUCAAACUAUCCCCUUUUGUAUUCAGAGUUCUUGUGAAUACUUGCACUUGUCACAUUUUUCUACAUAAUUGAACUAUAGAUUGUUCUCAUUUCAUAGAUCAUAAUCAUAAUUAUAGUACUGCAUUUAUUCUUCACACUGCUGUUACUCUGCUGAUAUUUUUAUGAAGCACCAGACAAGAUCAAAUAUAUUUUUGGAAAAUGUUUCCGUUUUAAAUGGUGUACUAAUCAUAAGAAACAUGUUUAUUGGCGAUGUGUUUGUUGUUUUACCACCUUGUUAAAAGUACCCAUUGGUACUGUACUGCUGGCAUCAAACAGUUGCUUGCAGGAUUUUAGGGCCUAUGUGUAAUACACUGUCUCGAACACAAGAGGGCACCCCAGUCUCAAAAUAUACCGGGCACAAGUCAAUAGUAAUUUAAGUCAGUGUUACUCCGUCAGUUUAUACCCAUGCACUGUUUGGUUUAGUGCCCACUAGGAGAAGUUCAAGAAGUGAAAUAUUAUGACGUGAGUAUUGUUGGAUAAGUUUAUCCUUGUGGUGGAAUUGGUUGCUGCAACAUAAGUGUCCAGUUUUAUGUUACUUAUUGUCUUGAACACCAAUGUUGGUCUGAUUUAGUAAAAUGCAAAUGUAAAAGUGUACAUUGCUACUCUACAGAAUCAGUGCAAUAUUCCUAGGCCAUUUACCUUCCAGGAUCCACACGGCUCCUGUCUCAGUGGGGUCUCCCCAAAACCUGUUGGUCAGAGCUGUGAAAAUCUGUUUGAAUAUACCAUACACAUUCCAGGCCUGUUAAAAUCAUUAUGUUCCAAUGGUUUGUUAAAGACAUCCACUUUCUGAUAGCACAGUAAUUAUUAAAGUUGGAUUUAAACAAAACUGUGCAGAACAGCUGCAUAUUCAAUCAUAUGAUAAAAAUGUCUUUAAAGACACUUUGCUUCAAAGGGAUACAAUUAUAAAAGUAUGUUGCCCCAAAAUAGAUGUUUAAAUUAUAAGCCAUGUUUGAGUAGUAGUGCGCCCGUUGAGCUAGCAUUGAUCUGUGGAGAUUUAAGAUGAUGUUUUGGUUCACACUGAUGGAUGCCUUAUAGGAAACUGGUUAGAUUGUAUAGCGCGCAAUGGAGGAAGAUAUUAUGUAUUGUGAUUAUUUGGUACUAGACUGGCUAGUAGAAGUAUAAUGGUCUGUCCAUUUGUGUUUUCCCUUGUUUCCGAGGAGAACUGUACAUACGGUAGAGAAUGCAACAUUUAGGUUUAGGUCCCUGUGGUAACUACGAAUGAGAAUGUAUUCGUUUUUUCAUACGUUAUACAUUUUCCACAGGAAUGCAUUGAAAUAUUGCACUUUAAUUUUAAAAAAUAUAUUUCGAAUUAUUAUUAUUUUUUUAAUUUCCCAAUAUGUACAUUUCAUGAUGGAUGAUAAUGUAAGUAGUGGCUGUUUUUGUGUAAGAGCAGAGAGAAUGUUAAGUAUUAUCUCAGUCAUAACAUGGUGAUGUUUUGAUGUACUGGGAUGGUACAGACAAUUUGUCUGUCGUUAAUAUUCUAUAGAUGGGUAUAUAUUGCAAAACCAACUGAGAAAACCACAAAAGUGUGGCAAACAAAAUUUGACUCUCAGCUUAGUCAAAGCGUUCCUGGAGAUAAUGCAUCCUCUUUUGAUAGACAUCGACAUGUUAUAUUUUCGGUGUUUAAAUGUAUUGUAUUGGUUGGUGGCACAGUAUUGACAGCUGUAGCCAUUAGAGAGAAACUAUCAUCACCAUGAGAAGUCCUGAGUUUCUUCUGGGGCAGCAAGGAAUUGUUACCAAUCUUUUAAUUUAAUAAUUUACUCAACCUUUUUUACUACCUAAUGAUGCUCUUUUUUUAAAUGUUUGUAAGGUAAAUGGUAUUGUAUGUUUAGAUCAGCGUUCAUGUGCACAGCUGUAGCCUAAUGUAGAUUUUGUAUGGAGUAUACCUCAAAUGUAUACUUUUCACUCUUUGUGUACUGUUGCAUCCAUGCAUAAUGCCACUGUAUUGUGCAUCAUCAUCCCAGAUGUCCUGCUUGUGGUCAGAACCUUCCCAACCUCUGUAAAAUAAACUCAAUGUUGCAGGUCACACACUGAUAGACCACCUGCAACAAAGACAUACACCAAAAACAGGGACAGGGAAAAAAAGGAAACUAUUUUGUAUGAACUUUGUUAGGUAAGUUUUGUCAAGAGGUCCUUACUGACACUGUCUGUUCUGAACUUGGUAAGGCUGACAGGAAAUAGACUUCCAUAAAGACUGGUAUCACAGCAAUCAGAGAAGACAGAGCCUGUGUCUCUGUGUCCCCCAGGACUUGGCUGCCCUGGGAGUGUCAUGUAAUGUCACUCAGUCUAGACACAGGCUGAUGUUGUCCUCCCCAGGGGGGUCUGAGCUACAGUCACUUGAACCAGGAAGUUUCCUUCAGGCCCACUGUACCCUAGAGACCCACCAUGGGGCUUUGGCCCUGCUGUCAGGGCCUGUGUGUGUUAAAUGUGAUUUAUGCAUUCUUGAAAAAAUAGUAAUAAUACCAGUAAUAACAAUGGUUGAUUGUUAGCAUCAUCAUGUGGAUAUUUAAGUUAUAACACUGUUUGAACUUUAAUAUAUUGUAUUUGUAGCAGAUUUUUUUUCCCCGCCUCAAUAAAAACACCCAUCCCACUCUCA